CAGGAGCUUCGCUGUCGCGCCUCUGGGGACAUUCCCCGGCAGGGUCGCGCCGAGAGCCAGCUCAACCUUUACCGGGAGAGCCAGCUCAACCUUUACCGGGGACUGAAUCCGCGAAUUCACAAUUCUCCUUUCGACAAGUCGAGAUGAUUUCGUAACGGUAUUAGAGAAGCUGGUCACAGUGCAAUGUGACCCGUGCAGUGGGCUUGCAAACGGAAGCCUGGGAAGGCGCUGCUGUCCCGCCUCAAGUGCAAGUUGUGCACCUUUCUCUUCUGAACGUGCAGUGGAAGGGGAAGGGGCAUGUGCAUCAGGGUGCUGAAUCAGUCCUGUAAAGGGCACCUGCGGGAUGCAGGGUUUGUGGCUGGGCACCUGGCUGCGCUACCUGGCCGGCACUCGGCUCGCCCCCUUCGUGGCGAUGCCCCCCCGAGUGGUGCGCGAGCUGCUCGACCUGGCUGACGUCACCCCCUCCGACACACUGGUUGACAUCGGCUGCGGGGACGGCCGCAUUCUAGUUGCAGCUGCACAGCGCGGGGCGCAAUGCUGCGGCUUCGAGAUGAUUUCAAGCCUGGCCAAUGAGGCGCGGGAGAACGCGCAGCGGGCGGGUGUCGCGGACCGCAUCGCCGUGCACGAGGUGGAUGCGAUGAAGGCCGACUUGAGGAGCGCGAGCGUGGUCACGCUGUUUCUAACGAGCGCGGGGAACAAACGGUUGUUGCCGAAGUUUGGGGCGGAGCUGGCGCCCGAUGCCCGGGUGGUGUCCUGGCUGUGGGAGAUGGAGGGGGUCAAGCCAGCGCGGGUGAAGCGCGUUGGCGGGGUGGGCAUGUAUCUGUACACAGGUUCACACUUCAGAGAAAGCUGAGCUGAAAGUGCAGCGGAGGGGGCCUGGUCUCUGCAGAUGGCUAGAGGAGUUUCCCUUUAGCCCCUACUGAAAAUCUGCCUCAUUGGGAAUCAUGCUGAGGCAUGAAUUUCUGCCAGGCCCACAGUGAGGACACCAGAUGAGGUGCAGGAAGGUAAAGUGCCAUGUGGUAUGGUCUGCACGGUUGAAGGCAGUCUGCUUCUGGUCAUGCUGGAGUCAUGAUCAGUCUGCAUGCAUGUUGUGACGAACCGGCAUGGAACUUGCUUCGUUAUGCAAGUCCGGUUUCAGUGGCACGAAUGGGUGUCUGAAGUAGCCACUGUAACUGGACUUUUAUCGUUUGAUCCAAGCACAAACCUCAAGCAAGGGUCGGAAAAGGUUGCGGCAAGUAGUUGUCCCUCAACGGAGCUGAAUGAUGGCGCCAGUGAAGGACUGAAGCGCGCUUUUCAUGUAGCUUUCUGUUCCUUGUUUGCAGUCUGCCCAUGAAGGAAUUGCAACUGGUUGUUUGAUCAGGGGCUAUUACAACGAGCUCAACAGUCCCUAAUCCAAGCAUCAAGCAGUAUACAGGCUCUAGAGCUCGAAACCUCCAGCUAAAAGCCCUUCUCGAGCAGCCAGUUUGGGCCCACCCAGUAACAAGACGGAAAUGAUGCAGAGACAGUGACUGAAAUGGAUACAUAGCAAUAACCUGCCAGCGACAUGCUGAUAAGUCUAUUCUGACUAAGUACAAGCUUCUGUUAGGGAGUUACGAUCUCACGAGCUCACAUUGACCCAAGUACAGAAAUCAGGACAAACUUUCUCCAGAGAAACACGUUCUCAAAAGCUGCCACAUAUCGAGCUAGCCAGCUAAGCUCAUGAAACAAGUGCAAUGCGAACCGGCCUCGAGUCAAGUGUCCUGGUUGGAGCUAGAUCCGAACAAUUACGAACGGGCCUGCACAGUCUUGCAGGUUGUAUCUUACUUUUCGUUCUUACUUAAACAUGAGAAUCAUGA